UAUACAGUUCUGUAUUAACUGCUCUAACUGACCAAGUUAGCAUUUGUUAUUACCGUACCCAAAUUCACAAUUAGCCAAUCAGAAGGUGUGUCCACUGCCUGAUAUCCUGCAAUAUCAAGUCAUUGACCUGAUAUAGCUACAAUAUCGUGAUCACUUGACCAAAUUUGGUUACAAUAAAUCUUUUUGGUAAGCUUCGGUGACAUAUCAGGCUCAGUUGGUCUCGCCAUGGGUAUUUUGGCUUGACUAUGUCUCACCUGGUCCGGCCUCAAGAGUCCUCAAGGGCCCCGACAAGGAUGAGUGAGUGAGUGAAUGAUGUCUCACCUGGUAUGCCACCGAAGCGUACCAAAAAGGUACAAUUAGUUAUAACUAUCACCAACGACACACUUGCAUGAUGUCAUUAUUUGACUACAACUAUUAGGAUUUAUUUUGUUUCUCCAUUAUUAUUUAAAUUUUUAAACUACAGUGAGAUUUAACCAACAAAUGCCCUAAUUAGCAUUAGAAAAAGAAAAAAGGAAGGGUUCCGAUACUUGUCAAAUUUUGCCACCAUGCAAAUCACCUACUCAGCUGACUUGUGAAACUUCUGGAUCUAAUUUUAACUUACAGUCUUAUACAAUGCAUUGUCUGGUGAUGAAAGCAUAUGAAAAUAAUAAUCCCAAUUAGGGAAAUAUGAAAAAGGUGAUUAAUAUUCUGGGGUUGGGGGCAGAUGAAAAUCCAUUCUUGCAUUUGUGAUCUCCUUAUCCACCUCCUUUCUUUUAAUGUGCCAUCUAAAUAAAUGAGAAAAUAUUUUUUACCAUUUCUCAUAUUUCACAGUUUCAAAAUAUUAUGCUACUCAUCAACAGAAAUCUAUUGUUAUCAAUAUUGAUUACUGUCAACAGGAGCCAUUGUUCAUUGUGAGGUGACCUUCAGGAACUCUUCUAAAAAUAAAGACAGCUGAUUAGAUUUUUUUCCCUAAAUGCCAUCAAAAGGGCCGUGUUUUAUAAUUAAUUUUUCCCCCAAGACAUUUGAUUCCUUAUCUGGCAUUAUCAGACAAAAUUGAUGUGGUUUUUCAUAGGGUUUUAUUAUUAAUUGCUGUAAUUUGAUGAGUAUUCACUUUGUUGUCUUGCAUUUCCUUGCAAAAAUUUGCUUAGAUUUCCUUUCUAUCAGGUAAACGUUAUUUUUUAUUUAGUUACUGUUUCGGGCAAAGAUGAUUAAUUUUUCUCAUGAAGUGAUCAUUUUCAGCCAAAUUUUCUUGGUUGCUCGAAAGUUAUAAUCAAUUUAUAAACAAAACGUUUUCAGCGAAAUCUGAAACUUUUCAAGCGUCAGUUAUUUUUCCUUCCACGUUCUCGAACAACAUGCAAUGAAAACAGUAACAAAUUUUGACAUUACCAUUGUUCCGCCUGUAAAAACGCAAACAUUUUACUGGCGAAACUCCUUGAUUAGAAAGUGACGAAAUACAUUAUAAAUAUUUGUUCAGACCUAUCCUUUUGAAAGAAACAAAACCAUCUGUUUCUAUUCCAUUUCAUCUUAGCGAAUUAUAUAAACGUAAAAAAGAAUAAAAAAAUGUAACUGAGGCACAUUUAGCGCAAAAAUAUACAACCUAUUUAUCUCGGGUAAUUACUUAAGUGUAAAUAUUCUAUCGCUUAUGGAAUAUGCUAUAUUUGGAUUGACAUUUUAAAUGUAGAAGGCUAUAUCAUUUACAAACCCCAAACAACAAUAAUUGAAGUGAUAACCAUUGUUAUUUUGGGUUGUUAAGUAGCCAAUCAGACGCCUCAAUUCAGCCAUGCGUGCAAUGGUCUAUUGAAAGGAAACAAUCGCAUGUUGACAAUGUCUUAGCAUAAAUUAAUUUGUCGAAUUCCUCAAAGAGAAUCGAAGAUCAAAAGCAUUAUUGAUACGCGAGCCCAUGAAUUUUACGUUACAACAAUCAAAUGCAACAUUUGAAGGUAUGUAGAAAAUCCCCUCAGAUUGGUUGGACAAUCAUGAAUGUUCAGUUUUUUUUGUUUUUUUUUUGGCGGGUUGUUUCGUGUGACUGAUUUUUAAGUCAAGCAUCUCAGAAACGAUCAUGAUUCUCAAGUUCCCACAGUAACUUUUUGAUCCCCUCUAUAAAAUCAAAGAAGUACCACAAUUGGCAGGUGAACAUUGGUUGAUCUGUUACUUGUGAAGCUCAUACCCUCCAAGUUGGUUUGCAUAGCAUACCCUUCUGAACGUUAUUGCAGCAGUUUAUUACAAAGGGGAAUCACCCUUUUCAAAGUGAGUAGUAAGAUUUUUCGGUGAGUGAAGAAAACGCAAAGUAUCAUUUGGAGUUGCACCAUUGGUGGAACACCUCUUUCCUGUAACAUGGGCAAAUGGUAACAGCACAACUCCUUGGGUACUUUUCUUGUUUAUCCCUAGGCGAGAAAAGAUUACUGAUUGUUUAUCAAGUCUUUUACUGCCUGCCGACAAUUACUCAGUGGCAUCCAACCAAUCAUAGGGUGUUAUCACAAGUGGAUUAGUAAACGUCAUGAGUGCUGCCAAUAACACCUGCACACAAACUUGUCAAACCAGUUUGACCACUUUCCCGGAUGUCAACUUGAUUACGUCAUCCUCCUUUACAGUACAGCUUCUGUUGCCCAGGCAACGGGCAGAUCUGAUAGCGUUUUCCAGAUUUUGAUUGGUCUAUUUAGCAGCUGAUUGACAGGUUGUCGGUUUCAACACAGCGGGUGUGGGAGCCGACUUUUUGUGCACACGUCUAUCAGAAGGUUUUGUGGCGUUUGAUUUCAUGUUCCCGCCCCUGCCUCUUUUGCUUGAAAAUCCCACAUACUUUUCUGCUCGCCAAGAGGAAAUUAAGGAAGACUUUCGGUGUCAGUUUCGAGUUCAAACUCCCACGAGGAUUCACGAUUCAUCCCAAAACGAUAUUCGACGAUUCCAGUACAUAUUUUGAUAUCUUUCAACGAGCGACCAGACUUCCACCGCCAUUGUAUGUGUCGUGUUCUCUGUUGCAAAACACCACAUGGCCGCCGAAUGAAAGGAACUGCAGUUGCUGUUGGUUUCUGAAGUUCGUUGGUUGUUUCAUCGGCUUUUGCCGUCAAGGAAGGGACUGGAUCGACAAGAAGAAUCAAAGCCGAGAAAUUGAAACGACCCUUACUGCCCGCCGUCGUUGUUGGAAGCAGACUAAAUAAUCGUUUUUUUACCAUUCGCUGCACAAAUUAUAUUCGGUGAGCCUCGUCCUCGAGCCGGUCACGUUCACCUGGCAAGUGGAAUAUAAUCCAGUGAAUGUGCAGCUUCGUCCUUGAAAAUACUUCAUCAAAUAGCAAGGUAUGGCAUCUGAAACUGUAUCAAAGGGUUCUAAACGCUUGAAGUUAUCGCCAAACGACGAUGAUGUGAGAAAUUGUACAACGAACGAGCAGGAUCAAUCAAUUGACUCGACUUUGGAUGAGAAAGCAAUCAAGUCUGUCGACAAGGAUGAGGCGAUGCUGACAAAGAAAGACAGUGAGUUAGUUGUUAUAUCAUCUUCCUCCUCUGAUGAGGAUUCUGACAAGGAAGUGAAGAAAGAUGCAAGUGAACCAGUUGUGAAGAAAGAAAAAGACAAGGUGGACACCUCCUCCACUGAUGUUGUGAACAAGGAAUUACAAUCAAAUCCAAUUGAAUCAAGUGAACAUCAGCCUAAAGCAGAUAUGACUAUGACUAAUGUAGAACAGAAAACAGGUAGCAAAGAUUCAGACUCGGAUGAGUGCAUCUCACAAGAGGAUCUUCUAGCGCAGUUGGGUUUGAGCUCUGUUAAAGAACUAAACAGAAAAGAAGCAACAAGCAGUAGUGACAACACUGCACCAUCUGCUAAUGCAAAUGGUGUUGAGAAAAAGCCUUUGAUUUCCCAUAGGGCAAGAGAAAGUAUUGUUGAAUUCUUGAAAGUACCAAAACUGUCCUCUUUGGAAAGUAAGAAAAAAGUGAACGGUGAGACAAAGGCGGAUGCUACUAUUAUUAAUGGUGAUACCAGUGAUGGCUCAAGGCCAGAUUCACCACUUUCUGAUGAAAAUGAUGAUGACCUACUGGCAAAAGAAAAAUUGAUUGCCCACCUGAGGAAUGAACUAAGGCAAGAGGAAGCUAAACUUCUCUUGUUAAAGAAGUUACAUGCUGCACAAAAUGAUGUCAAGGGUAACUCCAGACAACAGAAAGAAAAUGUUGUUGAGAAAUCACAACCACAGGCAGCUGUUCCACAGGGAAACCAGCCAGUUAAAUCCUCCAUGCAAUUGCUGCCUAAAAAAGGGCAGAACCUUCCUCCUCCACCACCACUGAAGGCAUCAACAGUGUUAGCAUCCUCCACAUUUCAUCCACCAAGAGACGUACCAGUACAACCUAGACUGCUGCCAAAAGGGAGUAGUACUGCCCAAUCACAGCCUUCAAAUACUGCUUCAUCAAAGUUUGUAGGUUCUGCUGCACAGACUUUGAAGGAGUUUGCUGUGCAACAGCAGUCCAUGCAUCAACAGUCAGCCCAGCCAAACUCAAAACCUGGGUCUUCUGCAAUUGCUGACCUGCAGAAUGUGGUUACAUGCAUGGCAAACUUAAUUCAGCCAACUCCGUUGUAUCCUCACAGUGGAGGCCGAGGCAGUCCAGUGUAUUCAGCAGCUAAUCAGCCUGCCCCUGUUCGCCCCACUCCUGUGAGAGCAAACAAUGUCAGUAGCCUCCCAGCCAGUAGUGGAUAUGUGUCUUUUCAACAUCACCUGCCCAGUGGCUCUCAUCACCAUGGUGCUGGUGGCAAACAAGCUGCAGCCAAGAUGGCAUUGCGUAAGCAGUUGGAAAGAACCUUGCUUCAGAUCCCGCCACCUAAGCCACCUCCCCCUGAAUGGUCCUUCAUUCCAAGCCUUGGCAGUCCAGAUUUUAUGGUUUUGGUUGGAUUAGAGUCUGUUGUGGAUGUCAUGGCUUCCAAAGAUACCAAGGUUAAACAAAAUGCUCCACUGCAAGAGCAAACAAUAAAUCCCAAAGUUUGUUCACGCUGUAACACUGAUUUCUCACCUUCGUGGACAAAGAAGCAAGACAAUGAUGGCUCAGGCUUAGUAACUGUGUGUGAGAAGUGUAGUACUGUCAAUGUGAAGAAAGAGCUAAAAGCAGAGCACACAGCUCGCUUGAAGGCAGCAUUCCUAAAAGCUCUCAAGCAAGAACAAGAGAUAGAACAAAAGAUAAAUGACAGCCCUUCAAUUGCUCCUAAGCCUCAUCAUCAAAGCCAAAAGUCAUCUCCCCAGCCUCAGCUGGCACCUGCACCACCACGCCAUCACAUUGCACACCACCAACCCAUCAUGCAUCACCAUCACCAGCCUGUUCAACCUGGGCUCUAUCACCAUCACCAGCCGCACACCAACUCCCUCCUGUUUCAACUGCAGCAGCAACACCUCCAGCAGCAACACCAGGAGUUGGAAGCAGCGGCAAGACAACAAGCUGAUGUAAGAUGGCAUCCCUACUUAAGUCAGCACCAUCACUCUGGGUCACGUAACCCACAGCACCAUCACAAUUAUGUAUCGGACUCUGAUAGACAAUAUUUGUUGGACAUGAUUCCUUCUUUGCCAACACCAACUCUUGGUUAUGGCUCUAGUAGAAUGUAGCUGGUGUACAGAAAAGAGUAUCUUGAAGUGAGGACAUCUUGGGCCUUGUUACGUAUAAGUUAAAGUAAUGUUCUAUUAAUUUUUGUAUAGUAUAUGAUAGUACGCACCAGGAAUGUAACUGAUUCAUGUAUCUCCUAUUGCCUUGAUCUUUAAACCGGUAACACGCUUGUUACUUUGUGGGUGAAUUUGUAUCAACAACAGGCAAGUAGAUGGUUCACCCAUAGCAUCAAUGGCCCUUUAUAACAGCCCUGCCAUGUCAUAUUCCAUUAAAUUUUUUAAAGGGUAUCUCUUAACUAGUGUGUGUAACAUACAUGUUCUGUGUAUAUUUAUUACAAGACUGUGAUGUGUUCUCCCGUCUUCACAGUGAUUAGUGAACAAAUCAUGUUGACUCACACUACAGAAGAUACAUCUGUGUGAUUGUUUAAAACACUAGAUUAUUACUAUUAGUCAAAUAUUUUUUACUUCCAGUUCCCCCACACUUUUUGAGAGGAAUCCUUUAAAAAUUUCUUGUAACCAUUUUGCUCCUCUAGUGAAACCUCUACUGUAGUUAUGUGAUUCCAACAUUUAAUUCUGUUGAAAACUACUGGUUUGGUUCUUUCAUGUGGUCCAAGAGCAUUUUCUUUCUGUGGUAUGUAGAAGGUACUGUGAUGUAACAAGGCUCAAGUGUCAAACAGACUAAACAUUUUUUUCAAUGUAGCACUGUAGGACAUUAAUCUCUCUAUAUUAGACCUCUUCAGCUUGGGUGGUUUGUUUUCCCAUUGCAGACCAUGUGAUGAUACUCUUGAGAAUUCUCGCUUUCAAAUUUUUAAAUAGUCGCAUGUAUAUGUAUGAAUAAUUUUAAGAUGGAUAAAAGAAAAAUUCUCUAGAGUAUCUCAUGUGGUCUACAGUGGGAAAAUAAACCGCCCAAGCUAAAGAGGUCUAUUGUAUGACUAUCUGUGCUUCUUCCAUGCUUCCAUCUUACAUAACCUGCGUAGUAAACGUUCCCUUUCCAUUUCUAGGUGGGGAGAUCGAGCAAGUGAGCAAACGAGCAUGCCUAGGGUGAACAAAAAAUGGGGAGAAGUGGGGAGGGGGUGAGCAAAAGGAGGGGAAGGGGUGGGGAGGAAAGGAAUCACCCCCAACCCCAACCCCUUAUUUCUUUGCACUUAACUCGCAGUUUUGUUGCCUUCACAUGCUUCUGGAAAUGAAUGCCUGCUACACAGGCCACAUCUUGCAUAGAAGGCCAUUCUUGUCUAAGAUGACCAAAUCUUUCAUGUUCUCUCACAGUGGUUUGUUAAGUAUGAUAUCAUAGCAUGGUUAUCAUAGUCAUUCAUAUAAUGAUCAUAAGCAGCAUUUCUACUCUGAAAGAAAAAUGUCAAACUUGAAUAAUUUCAAGUUAAGUCCUAAAUGAUGAGUCCAUAAUAAUUAUUAUCUGACAUGGGUGCUACAAAGCACAGUAACCUUAUAUUCAAAUCUCUUGCAAACUGAUAGUUUCUUUGUCCUUGUUUGUCUACAUUUCAACUAGAUUGAAAACACUUCAAAUAGUUCUGUACAAAAUCUCUUAACACUUUUAUGGCAAGAGGUGUCAUUGUAUUGCUUUGAAUCUUUUGCUAAGUAUUCUAUUCCUUCUGAGCGAAAAUGGAAACUUUUCAAUGCAUUAUUUAUUAUAACAAAAACAAUUGUUUCAGAGAUACUAUUCUGUAGCAUAUAUUGAAGAAUUAAAAAUGGAGUUCUACUAA